AUGACAAUGCAGGUGCCUCAUCCCACGUCAAAACCCAGCGUGGCGCCACGACGAGAUAGGUACCAGACCGAUCGACUGAGAGGAUCGCUGAUAUUUAUCCCGACAUUAGACUCGGCUAAACUCGAAUUUACUCCUCUGAUCCCGGAAAAUUCCAUUAAAACGUACUCGGACUGUUUGGACGAGAAAUCACACGGCUCAUCGGGCAACAACCGUGUGACCGGCUCCUAA